AUGGGCGACGACGACGCCGCGAACGGCGCGAACGCGACGCCGCGAAUGAAGCGGACGAUCCUCUGCCUGCUCUCGGGCGCGCGCGCGCACGACGCCAAGCUGGUUGAGUUUCAGAAGACGCGCGUGUUGGAGCCCGCGGAUGACGUCUUCUUCGCGCACUUCGUUCGAGGGGCGUCGAGCGCGUCGAUGUACGGCCCGGGAGGCGUCGGUGGAGACGUUCGGGUGAAGGAUGAUGACGACGACGCGACGCGGUCGCGUCCGGGCGUGCGCGUGGUUCCGCUCGCGCGGGACGACGCGGGGGACGACGCGAGUCGACGCGUCCCGGAUUGGCUCUCGGAGCACGCGCGGGCGGAGAUGCUCGAUCGACGGAUAUCGUUUCCGGACGCGCUGGUUCGAUGCGUGCAGAUAGAUUCCAUGUGUGGCAAGUUUUCGAUCGAGGAGACGGUGCAGGCGAUCUGCGAUGGAGAGUUCGCGAGCGACCACGCGUCGUAUCGGAACGAUAAUUGGAUCUCGAUACCGAGACCAGAUUUGAUCGUCAUGGGAUGCCGAGGACACGGCCUCGUUCGUCGCGCACUCCUCGGGAGCGUGACGCAAAACGUGUUGAAUCGAAUCGCGGUUCCGACGUGCUUCUUUCGAUCGACGCUUCCGCAAAUCGAGGUACAGCCGGAGCUCGUGAAACAAAAGCUCGGCGGCGUCGAUCAACGCGUCGUCGCGAUCGCGAUGAGCGGUUCGAACAGCAGUCGAAGACUCGUUGAGUACUUUGUCAACGUGCACAUUCGACCGAGCGACGUCGUGCUCCUGUUGCACUGCUCGUCCGAGUCGCAAAAGAGGCAGAAGGACAUCACCGACGCCGACGUGGAAGAAAACAUGUGUCGCGCGUUCGAUCUGGUGCAAGAGUUUCAGAAGGCGAACCCUCACACUUGUGGUCGCGUGGUCCGGAUGACUCUCGAGCCGGGGACGGGAUCGGCGAACGACGUGCGCGACCGAACGAUUGACUUUUUGAACUUGACAGACGUGAAUCUCGCCGUCGUGGGCAGAGCGACGUCGAGUAGUCACUUGCGCGCUCGAUUCAUGAGUCCUUUCCCGCAGUACUUGGUCACGCACGCCCCAUGUCCCGUGCUCGUAUGGAAUCCAGCGCCAGUGUACAUUCGAUCACAAUCGACGACUUCACAAGGCGGUGAACCGCCGAGCACAUCAGCCGCGUGA